UUUGGAUAAAAUUACUGUCGACUGUCGAAGAUCCAGAGCGUAAAAGUAAAUAUUUUUAUUUUGAUAAUUUUACUCAACAAAUUGUGUAAUUAAAUUUUUUGGGAAUACCUAAGUAAUAACCAAAUAAUAAAUGGCUCGAGUAGCAAGGAUAGCUUUAGAUUUAACAUUGGAAGCCAGCAAAAGUCUGAAACCAGCUAUAGGUACUGCGUGGCAAUAUGCUAAGACCGAAAUUGUUCCACCUAUGACGAUAAACUUUUUCCAUGGGCCUGUCGGAAAAAAUAUUGAAGACACAAUUGAUAAAGCAAGUGAUAGUUUUAUUGCCGCAAUACAGAAUCAAAUACGGCAGAUAGAGUUAGAAGAAGCUAGACAAAUAAAACAAAGAGAAGCUGAAGCUAAAGCUGCAGAAGCAAAAAUUAAAGCUGAAGCAAAACGAAAGGCUGAAGAAGCUAAAAAAAAGGAAGAGGAAAAGUUAGCUAAGGAAGCUAAAGCUCGGCACCAAGCUGAAGCAGAGAAAAAAGCAAAAGCUGAUCAAAAAGCAGCGGCUGAAGCUGUAAAGGCACCAAAAACCGGAUCAACUGCAACAAAAGAUGCACCAAAAAAGAAAGCGAAAAGAAAGAAAAAUAGACGUGAAAAGAAAAAAGGUUCACCUCCGAAGUCAAACAAGUAAUUUGAAAAUUGUUGUGUACGUGAAUAUUAACGUGAUUUGUUUUAAUUAAUAAAUACAUUAUUAAUACACUAUA